UUAAAAUAAGAAAGAUCUGUUUUAAAAAAACACAUUUAGGGUCUGCGUUUCCUUUUGGGACUUAAAAGCGAAGCCUGCCUUUUGAGGGCUUUUCCCCAAGAUCAGGAGGGUGGCCGGGAGGCUGAGAUUCAGGCUCCCGAGGGUGCCUCUGUGCCAGGCCUCCCUUCCCUGGUGGGCUACGUGGUGGCAGUGGCUUGUGCUCCAGCUUGGAGUGUUUGCUUGUAAGCCCAUCUCUUAAACGUUUUGCUGUUUGUCCCCGAGAUGCGGUUGGUUGUAGGGGAAGUCUGGGAGCUCCGCGAGAGGUCACCAGUUCCACAGUUGGCACCCUGCGUGGUGGGCGGAGGUGCAGAGUCAGGGGCUUUCGCCUGAGGGAGACCGCUGCGGAGCCUGUUAGUGACAGGCCUGGGGCACAUUCCCGAGGCCGAGAUCUCAGGCACUGGAGCCAGUGCCGCAGCCCCAGAGUGGGGCUCUGCAGACAGUGUGGGGUUCUUGGGGGUGGCUCUCGCUGUGGAGUGACAGCGGGGCGCUGUCUGUAGCACAUUGCACAUGUCACAGUGUCCUGGGGAGGGACGAGGGCACAGCCUAGCGCCGCGGGAAGGCAGUAGCUGAGGGAUGCCCCUGAAGGGAAGCAGCAGGCUGAGUGGCCUGUGAGGGGUUUCCUUGGUGGUCACUGUGGAGGUCCUGCAGAAGCUGGGUUGGCACCUGUGGGAGGAGCAGGGGUAGUGGUGGAGACUGGCUCCAGACAGUAUGGGGCUCCCCUCUUGGGUCCUGGUGGGGCUGGAGGACAUGUUAGUGGAGAGGAUGGACAGACCAUGGUCACACCAGGCCACUGAGGCUUCUGGCCCAGCAGGGGCGCCACCAGGACGGCAGUGCUCUGGGGCUCCAGGGGCCCUCUCCUGGGUGGCAGCAGAGGAGAGGAAGGGCUGGCUGGGGGAGUGGUGGUCAGGAGCAGGGAGCCCCUGAGCACACUUGUCCCGCGGUCACGAGGUCCAUGCCUGCAGGCGUCUAGCUGGUGCAUGGGCUCCCCGAGGUUCAGGGCUGGGACCUGACCCAGGAGGGAUGUCGCAGUCACCCUGGUGGCCUGUCAGCUUGUCUGAGGUGACUGUGAGCAGUGCGGCUCAGUGUCCUUGAGGGGCGUGCCUGCUGAGGGCCUCUCCUUACCACCUGCCUCUCUCGUCCUGGGAAUCCCUGGGUCGGGGGGUGGCCUGGUGGGAGCUGUUGAAGGUCGUUGAAACAUGAUGAUGAGUUCUGGGGUGAGUGAUUUGUUCGCUGGGGGUUCUGUCCGGAUUCAGCAUGCACUGUCUGGCUGUGCCCAGGCGUGCUUGGGGGUUCUCUUGUCUUGCAUCUGUGUGGGGCUCAGCUUACCUCUGCCUCUGUUGCAGGGAGUCAGUACCAAAUGAGGAGGAAAGGACGAUGUCAUCGAGGCGCAGCAGUGAGGCACCCUUCCUCCCCGUGCAGUACUAAGCACUCGCCCGCUCGAGAGACCCUGACCUACGCACAGGCCCAGAGGAUGGUGGAGAUCGAGAUCGAGGGGCGCCUGCACAGGAUCAGUAUCUUUGACCCCUUGGAGAUCAUCCUGGAAGAUGACCUCACUGCUCAGGAGAUGAGCGAGUGCAACAGUAACAAGGAGAACCGGGAGCGGCCGCCCGCGGGCCUGCGGGCCAAGCGGCACAGAAACAACAGAGUCAGGAGGAAGAAUGAAGCCCUGCCCAGUGCCCCCGGCCCGCUGGCCUCGGCCGGCGCGCUCCCCGAGCCCAGGGUGCGCCUUGUGGAGUACAGCCCACCGGCCGCCCCCAGGAGGCCCCCUGCAUACUACAAGUUCAUCGAGAAGUCGGCUGAAGAGCUGGACGACGAGGUGGAGUACGACAUGGACGAGGAGGACUACGCCUGGCUGGAGAUCGUCAACGAGAAGCGCAGGGCCGACUGUGUCUCGGCUGUGGCGCAGAGCGUGUUUGAGUUCCUGAUGGACCGUUUCGAGAAGGAGUCCUACUGCGAGACCCAGAAGCAGGGGGAGCAGCAGUCCCUGAUCGACGAGGACGCCGUGUGCUGCAUCUGCAUGGACGGUGAGUGCCAGAACAGCAAUGCGAUCCUCUUCUGCGACCUGUGCAACCUGGCCGUGCACCAGGAGUGCUACGGGGUGCCCUACAUUCCCGAGGGCCAGUGGCUCUGCCGACACUGCCUGCAGUCCAGGGCCCGGCCUGCCGACUGCGUGCUGUGCCCGAACAAGGGAGGUGCCUUCAAAAAGACGGACGAUGACCGCUGGGGCCACGUGGUGUGUGCCCUGUGGAUCCCAGAGGUCGGCUUCGCCAACACAGUGUUCAUCGAGCCCAUCGAUGGCGUGAGGAACAUCCCUCCGGCCCGGUGGAAACUCACAUGCUACCUCUGCAAGCAGAAGGGUGUGGGCGCCUGCAUCCAGUGCCACAAGGCCAACUGCUAUACGGCAUUCCACGUGACGUGCGCCCAGAAGGCCGGCCUCUACAUGAAGAUGGAGCCUGUCAAAGAACUGACUGGCGGGGCCACGACCUUCUCUGUCCGAAAGACCGCUUACUGUGAUGUCCACACGCCCCCGGGCUGCACGCGGAGGCCGCUGAACAUCUAUGGGGAUGUUGAAAUGAAAAACGGUGUCUGUCGGAAGGAGAGCUCCGUGAAAACGGUCAGGUCCACGUCCAAGGUCAGGAAGAAGGCGAAAAAGGCUAAGAGGGCACCGAGCGAGCCCUGUGCGGCCCUGCCGCCUGUGAGCGCGCCCUACAUUCCCCCUCAGAGAUUAAAUAGGAUCGCAAAUCAGGUGGCCAUUCAGCGGAAGAAGCAGUUUGUUGAGAGAGCCCACAGCUACUGGCUACUCAAAAGGCUGUCUAGGAACGGCGCACCCCUGCUGAGGAGACUCCAGUCCAGCCUGCAGUCCCAGAGAAAUGCGCAGCAGAGGGCAAACGACGAGGAGCUGCAGGCCGCCAAGGAGAAGCUCAAGUACUGGCAGCGGCUGCGGCACGACCUGGAGCGCGCACGCCUGCUGAUCGAGCUCCUGCGCAAGCGUGAGAAGCUCAAGCGGGAGCAGGUGAAGGUGGAGCAGAUGGCGCUGGAGCUGCGGCUGACCCCGCUCACCAUGCUGCUGCGCUCCGUACUGGACCAACUGCAGGAGAAGGACCCCGCCCGGAUCUUCGCCCAGCCCGUUAGCCUGAGGGAGGUGCCAGAUUAUUUGGAUCACAUUAAACAUCCCAUGGACUUUGCCACAAUGAGGAAGCGGUUAGAAGCGCAAGGGUAUAAAAACCUCACUGAGUUUGAGGAGGAUUUCGAUCUCAUAGUAGAUAACUGCAUGAGGUACAAUGCCAAGGACACGGUGUUUUAUAGAGCCGCAGUGAGGCUGCGCGAUCAGGGCGGUGUUGUUCUGAGGCAGGCCAGGCGCCAGGCGGACAGCAUCGGCUUUGAGGAGGCCUCGGGGACGCACCUGCCCGAGCCACCAGCCGCGGCCCCUCGGCGGCCUUUCUCCUGGGAUGACGUGGACAGGUUGCUGAACCCGGCCAACAGGGCCCACAUGGUGCUGGAAGAGCAGCUGAGGUUGCUGCUGGACAAGCUGGACCUCACGUGCUCCAUGAAGUCGAGCGGGUCGCGGAGCAAGCGGGCCAAGUUACUGAAGAGGGAGAUCGCCCUCCUUCGCAGCAAGCUGAGCCAGCAGCACAGCCAGCCCCCGCCCGCGGAAUCAGGUAUUGGAAGCUUUGAAGAGGAAAGUGCUCAGCUGGGGCAGGAGACGGGCGAGGAAGGAGAUAAAUCUCCCCCUAAACUUGAACCAUCAGAUGCAUUACCUCUUCCUUCAAACUCGGAGACUAAUUCAGAACCACCAACCCUCAAACCAGUAGAACUCAACCCAGAGCAGAGUAAACUAUUCAAAAGAGUCACAUUUGGUAAUGAAUCACAUAGCACUUGCACUCAGAGCGCCCUGGUAAUCGGACACCCUCCAGAGCCCACCCUCGCCAGUAGUGGCGAUGCGCCGGCGGCGGCCUCCGCAGUGGCGGAGCCAUCAAGCGAUGUAAACAGACGCACUUCUGUUCUCUUCUGCAAAUCGAAAAGUGUAAGCCCCCCAAAGUCUGCCAAGAACACUGAAACCCAGCCAACUUCUCCUCAGCUAGGGACCAAAACCUUUUUGUCUGUAGUCCUUCCGAGGUUGGAGACUCUUCUGCAGCCAAGAAAAAGGUCACGGAGCACCUGCGGCGACUCCGAGGUGGAGGAGGGGUCCCCGGGAAAGCGCCUGGACACAGGUCUCGCCAAUGGCUUUGGGGGCACAAGGAGUGAGCAGGAGCUGGGCGGCGCCCCGGGCGCGAGGGCUGCGCCCCGACGACGCUGCGCCUCUGAGUCCAGCCUCUCCUCCGGCAGCGGCCCGCUUUGCGACUCGAGCUUCAGCGCGCCCAGGUGCGGCCGGGGCAAGCCCGCCCUGGUGCGGAGGCACACGCUGGAGGACCGCAGCGCGCUGAUAUCCUGCAUCGAGAACGGCGACUACGCCAGGGCGGCCAGGAUCGCGGCCGAGGUUGGGCAGAACAGCAUGUGGAUUUCCACCGAUGCUGCGGCCUCCGUCCUUGAGCCCCUGAAGGUCGUGUGGGCCAAGUGCAGUGGCUACCCCUCGUACCCUGCGCUGAUCAUCGACCCCAAGAUGCCGCGUGUGCCUGGCCACCACAACGGGGUCACCAUCCCGGCCCCGCCGCUGGCCGUGCUGAAGGCAGGCGAGCGCAUGCAGACCAGGGCUGACGAGAGGCUCUUCCUUGUCCUCUUCUUUGACAACAAGCGAAGCUGGCAAUGGCUCCCUAAGUCCAAAAUGGUUCCCCUUGGUAUUGAUGAGACAAUAGACAAGCUGAAAAUGAUGGAAGGGAGGAACUCCAGCAUCCGGAAGGCCGUGAGGAUCGCCUUCGACCGUGCCAUGAACCACCUGAGCCGCGUGCACGGGGAGCCAGCCAGCGACCUCAGCGACAUCGACUGACCCGCCCACCUCCUGCAGAGGACCCCGCUGCCGUGCUGCCCGGCGGGCCUUGUCCAUAGUGUCGAUAGGCUGUACAUACUUGUACAUUGUUCAAAAUUUAACUUAUUCUGAUUUUUAGGCAUAGUUCUUUAAUUCUUUUUCCCCAGGGAGUGGGGAGGUUUUAUUUCCAAGUUUUCUAUGAAACCAUCCCCGUCUGGGCACUCGGAGCGGUGUGGGCGCCCCUGCCGAGCGCUACCUGUGCCCGUCUCAGGGCACACCUGCAGAGGCUGCUCGCGUCACUUUCUUUGAUCUGUAGCUUUUUUUAAAAGACUUUUGAAUGUUUAAUAAUUUUGUAAAUCAUACUCUUUACACAGAGUACCACUAUUUAAUAAGACAGGAUGUAAAUUUACAAUGACAAAUGUGUAUUUUAAGAAAGAAAAUGACAUUAUUUUGAAUGGUACUUUGUGGAAAGGGGGAGAAUAAAUUUAUGCUGUGUACAUCACUUGCAAAUCACCAAAAACACUCCGCCACCCCGAGGGGCCACGGCGGGCGCUCCCUGUGGGUGGGGCUGUCCUCGUGCCCCCCACCGGCCAGCCUCCACGCCGUGCCUCCCAGCGGAUUAUUUAUUGUAGAAAGUGUAUUCAUUUGCUUUAUAAUGAAAAAUAAGUUUGCAGAAGUAUAUUGAUAAGCAUUUUUAUACAGGCACAUAAAACAACUCGCUUUGGGAGCGGGAUAAGCCCUGUACGUGACUGGCUGUGCGCUUUGAUUUUGUAACUUGUAAUCUUUUGUUUACAAUGAGGGGCUUUCUGUAAUGUUUUAAUUUAGAACACUUUGGUAGCAAUAGAAACUUUGGAUACAUUUUUGUAUGGUACAUGUGAUGUAUAUAGAAUUAGUACUUUAUUUUUAUUUUUAAGAGGUAAAGCAUUAUGUUAGGGGAAAAGGUUGGGUGGGUUUCCAAAAUUGCAUUUUUUUAUAUUAAAAACUAAAGCCAAGAUUUGGAUGGUGUGGCCACUUCAUUCCUCCAUCACCAGAAUGCUGGGCGGUGUGCGGCCUGGAGGCUGGGCCAGGGGUGAGGGUCCUGGUGGCCUGUCCCCAGCCGGCUCAUUGAGGCACAUGACAUGCCUUCAUCUUAAAAUCGUCAUGGAUGGCAUUAUUUAUUUUACCUAAUCAUAUUUUUAUUUUGAAGUGGUAGUUUAAAUUUUUAAAUGUUUUUUCUUUUCCGUCUCCAUUGUUUGUAACAUCUCCAUAGAAACUUGAAAAUAAAAUGUCUUCCUUUGA